GCCCUUUACCCCACUCACACACACUCACACACUCACACACUCAGAGUUGGCCGUGUACACAGGGAUCACACUGGGAUACGAGCUGACUGGAAAAUGUCUCGGGCUGCGGAGAGACUCAAACUGCUGAUCAAUCAUCUUGAUCGACAACCAGCCGCGAUCAGAGCUGCACCUACUUCAGUUCAAACCCACAGCUACAGUCCCCCACAGAGACUGAGAUACUCUUUUGAUAACGACUUGCUGACCCCAGAACAGCGACUCUCCUAUGAGGAAAAUGGCUUCGUCCUCAUCAAGAAUCUGGUGUCUGACGAGGACAUCGAGAGGUUCAGGAAGGAGUUUGAACGUAUCUGUAGACGGGAAGUGGAGGUUCUCGGUCUGGUGGUGAUGAGGGACUUGGCAAUCGCUAAGUCAGAGUUUGUUGCGGAUCAGAAAGCGGUCUCCAAACUCCAGGACUUCCAGGAAGAUCCUGAACUGUUCCGGUACUGCACCUUACCACAGAUUCUGAAGUAUGUGGAGUGUUUCACUGGACCUAACAUCAUGGCCAUGCACACAAUGCUGAUCAACAAACCUCCUGAUGCAGGUAAGAAGACGUCUCGUCACCCGAUGCAUCAGGAUCUGCAUUACUUCCCGUUCCGCCCAGCAGACCGGAUCGUCUGCUCUUGGACAGCGAUGGAGAAAGUGAACAGGCAGAACGGCUGCCUGGUCGUCCUGCCGGGAACACACACCGGCACCCUGCAGGAGCACGACUACCCCGAGUGGGAGGGUGGCGUCAACAAGAUGUACCACGGAGUGCGUGGCUAUGACCCAAAGCACCCCAGGGUGCACCUGGAGAUGGAGAAGGGCGACACCGUCUUCUUCCAUCCGCUGCUGAUCCAUGGCUCUGGCAUGAACCAGACCCAGGGCUUCCGUAAGGCCAUCUCCUGCCACUUAUGUCCAGCGCUUGCACGCUAUUUACAUCGAUGUGUAAAGGGAAACCACAGGAAAAACAUAGAGUAAGGGAGGUGCGACAUCGCAGCCAGGAAGUACGCCAUGGACGACAAUAUUACCUUCAAGGAUACCUGGGCCUUCAGAGGCCGCCUCGUGCAAGGAGAGAGAAUUUCACUAUAAAGACAGCGUGCUGUGACUGUCCACUGACUAACCACUAAUGUGAAAUUAGAACAGAUCGAUAGGGUGAUUGGAUAAGAAGCAACAGAAAGUGUUCCAAGCUUCCUUUGAGUGCUCUGUAAAGUCAUCACAAAAAAGAUCUAAUGUUUCUUAUCAUCAAUACAUAAUUUCCUUUCAUAAUGAAAGCAAUGAAUAAUGAUAUAAUAAAGACAAGAAAUAAUAUAAGCAAAUUGUUCCACAGUCUGAGGAGAAUAAAACACCUGACAGUCAGAACACCUCCUGCUCUACAAUGUUUUCAGCCCAAAAUGAAGUUGAAGUUGCACUUAAAAAACAAUGGAACAGUGAACGCAUCCUGAAAUAUCUAUGAAUCUGAAUGGAAGGGAAAGGGAUUCUAAUUGCACAGAUAGACGCACUUAAAAAAGUAAGAAUCUUUAUGUGUGAGAGAGAGGUAAAGCGAUGUUGAGAGAGAGCUAAAGUGGAGUGAGAGAGAGUAGCGAGAGCGAUGAACGGAAACGUGUUAAAUACAAUCAGUGUUGAUUGCAGCUCUCAUUAAUGAACACUAACAGAGGCCUUGACCUAACACUGCCUUAUAAAUGUAUCAAUGUGCUAAUGUUGUUGUGUCUGUUUAACAGUAUGAUGGUGCGUGAGUGGAUGUUUGUUUUUGUUUUCUCGAAUCAUGCUGAAUAAACAUGAGGUUUUAAUGACAUUAAUAAAAAAAAUUACUACAAUAAAAA